AGUAUAUUUCUUCAGCUCGUUUAUUAUUGUUUACAAAACGCAAUUCCCGUCAAAAUAAAGCAGAUAAAACAGUGAUAAAAGUCGCGCGGCGACUGGGGAAAUGCAGUCGAAGGCCUGCUAAACCGCGCAGCAUUCGCUGCUCAGUGGCAGCGGACUCAGAAAGUGUUUUCCACCCCGCCCAACCACUUGUUGUUUUUGGACUCUGCCCGCCCCAUAUAACACCAUUAAUUAUCCAUAUACUCUCGAACGAUUUCGCAUCUGAUGUCCCGGGGAAUCGGAGCAAUCAGGGCGGUACACUCAUAUCUCAACAGGGGUCUCCAGUUCGUCGUCACUCAGCUGUCAUUAUAUAUUAUCAUAUUCUCAUUUCGGAACCUGGAAUCGUCGCAACUCUAUCAAUCUCAAUCGAAACAAAUAUUAAAUAUCAUAUUUAACAACCAGCACUAGACCAUAUCUCAAAUCAAGUCGCAAACAAAUCGGUUUAGUUUAUUGCCGCCUUCGAGUGCCUAGUAGCUGAAGCAUCGACAUUCCACAAUGACGGGGCAGAGCAAGCUGAUCAAUCCCCUGUGCAUAACCUGCAAGGAGUUCCAGCACCCAUGGACGGACCACUGCGUCAACGCCACCGCCGGGAUCUUGCUUUCGGCCACGCCGUACUGCCUGCGGGUCUACACAGUGGUGUACGCCCUGUCCCUGCUGAUGCGCCACCGCAUUCCUAGUCGUGAGGAUUUGCGCAGGACUCUUCUGGGCAUCAUCCAAUCGACAGCUUUCCUGGUGACCAAUGCCUACACCUUCAUCCUAUACAACUGCGCACUGCGGCAUAUCUUGGGCAGCUAUCACUUCUCGACGGUGGCCUUUGUGCCCUGCUUUUUCGCCUCGUUCUCGGCCAUUCUGGUAGAGCGACCUGCCCGACGACCACUGCUUACUCUUUAUGUGGCCAACGUGGCCACGGAAACGCUGUGGAAGAUGGCGGAGUCAAGAGGCUGGGUGAGCUCCGUACCAAAUGGACAGACACUCAUCUUUGGUCUGAGCAUGGCGGCCCUACUUUAUCUAUAUCGUAUUGGCACUACGAAGGAUUCCAUCUUCAACAUCCUGCGCAUCUUCGUGGGCAAGGAGGAGGCGGGCCCGGUGGCCAAGUCCGGUCCUGCAGUGCCCGGCGAGCAGCCAGCCCCGUCUCGCCGUCGUCCCGCCGUCAGCUUCUCCAAUGUCUCCGACUUUGUACGCGUCUACAGCAACCUCAUCCACGCCAAGCAUGAUAGCUGCCGGCACCAGCAAAGCUGCAUCGGCUACUCUCUGAUCGGGGGAAUUAAACCCUUCGUGGGCGGAGUGGGUCUUCAGGUGGCCCUCAAAGUGGUUAUGAACCUCAAGCGGAUCACUGCUGGAAAGAUGCCGUGGAAGAAGCUGGUCUUCAAUCGCGGCACUCUGCAACUGGGCAUAUUCAUGGGCAGCUUUUCCUUCCUCUAUAAGUCGGUGUCCUGCCUGCUUCGGCACAGUUUCAACCGAGAUGAUGCUAGAUUUGCUAUUCCCGCCUCAUUAAUUGCCUCUGUGUCCUUUACUCAAUAUCCGGAUAACACUGUGGCCUUGUAUGUCAUGUGGAAGGCUUUGCAGAUCCUUUGCACCAAGGGACAGGAGCGAGGAAUUCUGCCGCACAUCCCCAACUUCAUGCUGUUCCUGUACUCCUUCUUCACGGCUGUGCUUUUCCAUGCUGGAAUCCUGGAGCCCAAGAGCCUGCGCCCCAGUUACUAUAAGUUUCUGCAGGCCAUCUCGGGCGAUCGACUAAGCAAGUUUAAUCUGAGCGCCUUUGAUGUAUUCGGCCUGAGCAGUCAGCAACAGGCGUUGGACACCAUUAAAGCAUUAAACAUCGUAGAGAAGUCCUCGCUGCCCGCCUACUCACUCGUCUCUUGAGCCGGUAGUAUAAAAUUCUACUAGAUAAUCAACCAGACUUCGAUAGAGGCCCAUUGUAUCUCCAUAUAUCCGCAAUUCAAAGCGAUCUGUAUAUACGUCAAGAGUCUCCCGCGCUCAAAGAGCGCCCAAUGAUUACUAAUUUAAGCUAGUAUGGGUGAAUUGUAAAUUAUGUUGACCUUUUUUAAUUCUUGGUAUCAAUAAAUCAUCAAAAACAUACAACCAAAAGUUUUUAAAAAAU